UUGCUAAAAUGGCGUCGCCCGGUUCUCGGCUGCUCCUGGCUGCUUUCCUGUUCCCCUGGUGUUGCACGGCGUGGGUGCUGGGGCAUCUGGACGCGCCUUCGCCGCCACCGCUGGUGCUCUGGCAUGGGAUGGGGGACAGCUGUUGCAACCCCAGGAGCAUGGGUGCCAUUAAAAAGAUGGUUGAGAAGGAAAUACCUGGAAUUUACGUCCUCCCUCUAGAGAUUGGGAAGAACAUGAUCGAGGAUAUGGAGAACAGCUUCUUCUUGAAUGUCAAUUUCCAAGUGAAGACGGUGUGUGAGAUUCUAGAAAAGGAUCCAAAGUUGCAGCAGGGCUACAAUGCUAUCGGCUUCUCCCAGGGAGGCCAGUUCCUGAGAGCAGUGGCUCAGAGAUGCCCAACACCUCCCAUGAUCAACCUGAUCUCAGUUGGGGGACAACAUCAAGGUGUCUUUGGAUUCCCUCGAUGCCCAGGAGAGAGCUCUCCCAUCUGUGACUUCAUUAGGAAGACACUCAACACUGGUGCUUACUCCAGAGUUGUGCAAGAACGCCUGGUGCAGGCACAGUACUGGCAUGACCCCAUCAAGGAGGAUGUGUAUCGCAACCACAGCAUCUUCCUGGCAGACAUAAAUCAAGAGAGGAGUGUCAAUGAGUCCUACAAGAAGAACCUGAUGACCCUCAAGAAGUUUGUGAUGGUGAAAUUCCUCAACGAUACCAUGGUGGACCCUGUAGACUCUGAGUGGUUUGGAUUUUACAGAAGUGGCCAAGCUAAGGAAACCAUUCCCCUCCAGGAGACCAGUCUAUACAAAGAGGACCACCUGGGACUAAAGCAGAUGGACAAAGCAGGAAAGCUAGUGUUUCUGGCUAAGGAAGGGGACCAUCUUCAAUUGUCUCGUGAAUGGUUUAAUGAACACAUCAUACCCUUUCUUAAGUGAAGCCCUUGUACUCUGCAGCAGAGUUCAGGAAAGCACAGUUCUUCUAAGCCAUGCAAACAGUUCUUCAUGCACUGAGCUCUAAUCUAGCUUACCACCAGCCCUGCUCUCCUGUUAUCAUCUAACAUGCCCUACUUGGAAAGAUCUAAGAUCUGAAUCUUAUCCUUUGCUGCCUCCUAUCACCAUAUGGUGUUGAAUUCAAAUUUAAUUAGCUAAUAACCAUGGAGAUUGUUUUACAACCUUUCGAUAUGGUUGAGCUCCCUUUUAAGAAAGAGUCUGCUGUUGGCAGAUCAGUAAUUGUGACUAAAGGAGAUGGAAGAAAGUGAAGCAGGGCAACAAGCUUGAGGGCAAAAACCCAUACAAAUUUGGAGCAAAUAAAAGCCUGUUGGUACCCAGUCCUGAGAUGCUCACACAAGCACUUCUCUGCCCUGCUGGUGUGGGCCGCGCUCAGACAGUAUCACCUGUGUGAUGUUUCUAUGUCGGUUAAGGCUGUUUUCCCGUUUAAGUGCUGCCCUCUAGUGGCACCUAGCAGUCACUCCACAAGCCUACUGUCAUGCCCCCACAGAACUCACCUAACCCUCAGUAAUAGAAUUAGCCACAAAAGAGGGAACAGCCAGCAGGGUUGCUUAAGUGAAGAAACGCACUUUUGUUGUUGUUUUUUUGUUACUCUGUUUGAGACAGGGUCUCACUAGCCUGGCUGGCCUGGAACUCACUGUGUAAAGCCGACUGGCUUUGAACUCACAGAGAUACCUGCUUCUGCCUUCUGUGUGCUGGGAUUAAAGGCUUCACCACCACACCCUACAGCAAAGUGUGUCUUAUAUACCAUGAGAUGGUGGGGGAGUGAAAACUAGGUGGCUGUUCUUGGCACUCCAUUCUUGGCUAACUGCCCUUAAUGUUACAAGUGGCAUAAAUGUCACUGACACCACUGCAAAGACUGGGGGAAGCAGUCUGAAGAGAUGGGGCUUUUAUACCUCUACCCUAAGCCCUGUUUACCAGCAUGCUGCACACUGCUGCUGAUUUGGUUCAGGAAAAUGAUUGACGAAUAUUGUAGACUUCCUUUUCCCCCUGGAGACCAACCCACAUUGAAAACUGAUGUUGACUCUUGUGGCUAAAGAAGAACAUCUAUCCACCGCUUCCAGAUUACCUGAGCACGGGCCCUCGAGCACCCAUGCUGGAUGAUUCCUGUGGAGUAGUAGUUUGGAGAAACGAGUGUUUUCAUGAAAGCACCUAUGUCAGCACUGCAGCGUCCACCCGCUGCCAGUUUUUCCUUUUCCUUUCUCAGAACUAUUCAAUAAAAAGAUGAGGGUUAAGGGUAGGAAAUGGGAGGUUCCAUGAAAAUAGCUUUAUAAGGUUGUCUAAAAUAAAGAGUAGUUUUCUUA